UUCAGACUUUUUGUGCCUUAAACCCUACCCAAAAUCUGCAAAAAUAAACUUGAUUCUCUUAAAGAUAAAUUUUAUAUUUAUAAAAAUAUAUACUACAGUUCUGACAGUUGAAUUAACCUAAAGUUUAUCGUUUUUGACGUUUAAGAAAAAUAAAGAAAGAAACUUUAUUUUGUUAAAAGAAGAAUAGUGUCAACAUUAUUUAUAGCUUUCUUGUGUAUGACUAAAUUGUUAUUUUUUAAUUAAAAUAAACACAUUAAGCUACCAUGGGUGACCAAUAUUCUUAUGGAGAUGAUGCAAGUGAUGGUAAUUUUUUUACAAAACAGACGGCAGUUGUUAAAAGAUUUUUACCUUCUCUCUUCAAUAUAAAAGUGCUUGGAGAACAAGGUUCUGAUCAUAGACACAGAGGUCCUGUACAAGAUUAUUUUCAAAUUCGAGAUGAAUGUUUAUCAAGGGGACAAUUAUUUGAGGAUCCAAUUUUCCCUGCCACUGAUUCAUCAAUAUAUUUUUCAAAAAGGCCUGAUAGAUAUAUUGAAUGGAGAAGGCCAAUGGAAAUAGCAGACAAUCCUCAAUUCUUUGUGGAAGGAUAUUCAAGGUUUGAUGUUCAGCAAGGAGAGUUGGGUGAUUGUUGGUUACUUGCUGCUGUUGCCAAUCUAGCUAUGCUUCCUCAUUUAUUUCAUCAAGUUGUACCAGAAGAACAGUCUUUUGAAGAAAACUACGCUGGAAUUUUCCACUUCAAAUUUUGGCAAUAUGGAAAAUGGGUAGAUGUUGUAAUUGACGACAAAUUACCAACUUACCACGGACAGCUUUUAUUUCUUCAAUCUCCAGAACCUAAUGAAUUUUGGAGUGCACUUCUUGAAAAAGCAUAUGCGAAAUUGCACGGCUCUUAUGAAUCUCUUAAAGGUGGUACCGCUGUAGAGGCCAUGGAAGAUUUUACAGGUGGUGUGACAGAAAUGUACGACAUGGAUAAAACUCCAUCAAAUUUAUUCAAUGUUUUAUUGAAGGCCUACGAAAGAAAUUCGUUAAUAGGUUGUUCAAUUGAGCCAGAUCCCAAUGUACUGGAAGCAAGAACACCACAAGGUUUAGUUAGGGGCCACGCUUACAGCAUCACAAGAAUUAAAAAUGUUCAUAUUGAAAUGCCCCAUAGAAGUGGUACAAUUCCAUUAUUAAGAAUUAGGAAUCCUUGGGGAAAUGAGACCGAAUGGAAUGGUCCUUGGAGUGAUGGUUCACCAGAAUGGAGAUUUAUCCCAGAGCAUGAGAAGGCUGAGUUAGGUUUGACAUUUGACAUAGAUGGAGAAUUUUGGAUGUCUUUCCAAGACUUUAAAACAUAUUUUACAAAUUUAGAAAUUUGCAACUUGAAUGCAGAUUCUCUUACAGAAGAUGAUUAUAAUGAAGGCAAGAAAAAAUGGGAAACAAGUGUGUUUGAAGGUGAAUGGGUACGCGGUGUUACUGCUGGUGGUUGCAGAAAUUAUCUUGAAACUUUUUGGCAUAAUCCUCAAUAUCGUAUUACUCUCGAAAGUCCUGAUGAAGGCGAUGAUAAAUGCACGGUCAUUAUUGCUUUGAUGCAAAAAAAUAGAAGAGCACAGAGAAGAAUGGGUGCUGAUUGUUUAACAAUUGGCUUUGCUGUUUAUCAUUUGGGAGACCCUGAUAGAUUACCGAAACCUUUGGAUAUCAAUUUCUUUAAAUAUACUAGGUCGACAGCAAGUACUCCUACUUUUAUUAAUUUACGAGAAGUCACUUGUAGAUUCAAAUUACCGCCAGGAGUUUAUUGUAUUGUUCCCAGUACUUUUGAUCCUAAUGAAGAAGGAGAAUUUUUACUAAGAAUAUUCUCAGAAAAUAAAAAUAAUUUGGAGGAGAAUGAUGAAGAAGUUGGUAUCGGUGAAGUAGAUGAUAGGGUACAUGAUCAACCACAACCAGAGAAAAAUGAGGAUAAAGUUAAAGAAUUCUUUAGAAAACUUGCUGGUGAUGACAUGGAAGUUGAUUGGAUGGAACUAAAAGAAAUUCUAGACUAUGCGAUGCGAAAAGACUUACCGCAAACUGUGCCUUCUCGAAGUGAAGCAAAUGAAACCUUUAUGGAAAACGGUUCAUUUAUCGACACAUUCAUCUCCCUGCUAUGUGGUAUUGUUUGCAAUAAUGAGCAAUACAAUAAACCAGUAGAAAUGCAUAAUCAAGGAUUUAGCAAAGACAUUUGCCGCAGUAUGGUAGCAAUGUUAGAUGUUGAUCACUCAGGAAAACUUGGAUUUGAGGAAUUUAAAUCAUUGUGGAAUGAUAUUAGAAACUGGAGAGCUGUAUUUCGCCUCUAUGAUAGAGAUGGUUCAGGGUAUCUAAGUGCAUUUGAAUUAAGACAAGCCUUAAAUAGUGCAGGCUACAGACUUAAUAAUCAUAUACUAAAUAUUUUAGUACACCGUUACGGUACUAAAGAAGGAAUGAUUUCUUUUGAUGAUUAUAUAAUGUGUGCAGUCCGAAUUAAAACUAUGAUUGAUUCUCCAGACCGAAAUUUAGAUUUUCUAGACCAAAAUCCCGAUUUUCCAGAUCAAUUCUCCUUCAACGAAUAUUAAUUUCUUAACAGCAGUUUAUAUUUCGUAGAUAUUUUUCGAGAAAAGGAUCCUGAUCAUAACAACUUCGCAACAUUUACAUUGGAAGAGUGGGCUGAAAAAACACUAUAUUCUUAAACGGCAAUAAAAAAUAAAAAACAUAAUUACAAUAAUUUCAUCGAAAAUGUACACUGAAUAUUUAUUUUAUUUAAAAUUUUGAAUUAUUAUAUUGUAUGAUUUACAAAGGGUGAUUUCAGAAAUAAUUUUGAGUCUAUUUAACCAAGACAAUUUAAUCAAGAUUUUUGAUUUAAGUAAACGUUCAAAUCUUACCUUAACUUGACAAGCUGGAAAAUUUUAAGUUAAUUAAUUUUUAAAAAUUAUUAUUAGGGAAAAUAAAAUAACUAAUAUUAUUUCAUUCAAGCUGUCAAGUUUUACUUCUAAUUGUAAAAAGUAUUCCAGUGACUUUCUUCGCAUAAAUAUAAUCCGUCUUCCUUAUUCUAUAAAAAUAAAAUAUUUAAAUAUGUAUACAUGUAAUAUAGGUAUGUCUCUCUACGUUUUGAAUCUAAAGUCAGGUAAAAGUUUCUAUCAAGCUUGCUCUAAUGCAAAAAAAAUAAAAUCAAAUCCUCUUAAUCUUACUAAUUCAGAAACUAAAACAUAAAUUAUAAAAAAUGUUGUUACAAAUGUCGCGAAAUGUUGUAUCUGUAAAGAUUUUGCGCAUUUUUUAUUAUAUUAUCUACUUAAUACAUAUAGUAUAUACCAUGACGCUAGACGGUGCUUUAAUAAUUAUAUAAUAUGUAUUUAUUAUUUUAAAUUAAUGAUA